GAAAAAUUAAAGAAAGGGUCAUUACAGUAUUCUAUUUUUCUCACAUAGCCUACCAUAGUACCAGCUAGAUGAAUAUGGCUUUUCAUAAAUUCUGUAAAAAUAAAUAAUUUAAUUUUCGAGUUUGGACGCCGAUAUUUGUGAAAAAGGAAUCAAAUUACUCAAGCUAAUUUACGAUUCGUACACCAUGGUUUCUCGAGAGUUUGUGGAGAAUAUAGCUUCGUCUCUUGUUCGAGAGUAUUUAAGCCGGAAGGACUGCAAGAGCACUUUGAAAGUCAUGGACUCUGAGAUGCCAAGGACGGAGCAGAGUAUCAGUAACAGAUCACAGCUCGCCAGGGAGGUACACAUUGAAAAAAUCAUGAGGAAAAACAAGGACGCCACUGAGCCCUAUCGAUCUAUGAUCGAAGUCAUCGUCAAGUUCCUGAUUGAGAAAGGGGGUAGCAGCAAGGACAAUGAUGGCAUCCCUGAGCAACGAUCCUCCACAGAUCUUAGGUCAUCAGAAAGGAAGACUUCACACUCAGCCCGGGGAAAGCACAAGGAGAAGUCGGAUCAGAAACAACAUGGUGCGAAGUCUCCUAGAACUAGUAACAGUAGUCCUACUGAAUUGACCGGUCUACCUCAGUCAGACGUCAGCACAGGAUCGUUAGGUCGGGAACCCACCAUGGUCAUCACCAUGAAAGACCGGCCGAAUGUGAAACCAGAUGACCUACAGCUUGCCAAAGAUCUUCAGUCACAGAAAUCCAUUGGUUCGGAUGAAAGUAAAAACAGAUUGCCCUCUUCUUCAUCAUCAACGUCGACGAGUAACAUGAAUAAAUCCGGAAAGAAGUCCAUUCGGCCGGGCAGCGCUUCAAAAAAUAGGGGAUUAUCAGGACCCAUCACCAGCAGCUUGGAUGCUGGAGAUAGAAGAAGAAGCCAAAAGAGUUCAAAGUCCUCAGCGCACUCCCUGAUAUCAGCAAGUAAGUCUGCAACCUUUGAACCCGACAUAUCUACCUCAGGCUUUGACCUUUCCCCUUCCAAGAAGACGACGUCGUCGUCAAGCCGUGGGCUGCUGAAGAACUUUGGCUUUGAUCUCUCUCCGGAAAAUACCCUAGAGACAACAGAGUCCGCCGGUAAGGAUGCAUCACAAGAGCUGGAUGAAAAGACCAAUGGACACGCCAACUUGUCGUCUACAAAAGCUGACAGGUCCUCAAGACAUAGAAGAUCCUUCGAUGAUAACACGGAUGUGGGUAGACCAGGAAGUAGAUCAGGAGUUAGCAGCUCUAGGAAAGGACCAUCUUUGGACAUGCCAUCAGUUAGCACUCAGAAGAAAGAAGUCUCAACCCUAGGUGACCUUGAGAUGGGGGAUAUAGACGACCUUGAUGAUGACUUUCAAGGAAUCCAGCUUGGUUCAUACACACCCAGUGGCAAGAAACCCAUCGAUACCAGACCAAUCACACAACAGCUUGCAAUGCAAUUAAAGACCCUCCUGUUCGGUCAAGGAACUGGGUGUUUCAAUGAUGAAUGGAGGUUGCAGGGCCUCGGCUUCAAUGAGCUAUCAGACAUUUCGUAUGGGAUCGUCCAACACAAGGGUGGCCCAUGCGGUCUGCUAGCUUCAGUUCAGGCCUGCAUGCUUCAGAGGCUGUUAUUCAGUGAAGGUAGCACACCGAUGACUGCUGCCAAUUUGAAGCUACUGUCAGAAAAGAGGAGAGUCAAAUGUUUGGUUCAGGCCAUCUGUGAUAUAGUGUGGAGGGCAGGCCAGAAAAGGAAUGCAGUCAUUGCUCUGCCAGCUACCAAACCCCAUUUCUCAGGAGGAGGGCGUUACAAGAACGAUGGGCUUACGGAAACGAUUAACUUGAACCUGUUCAAGUCUAGAGAUGAACUUGCUGAUUACGUCCAGGGAAACAUCGGUGUAUUCACUGAGAGCAAGGGAAGAGGUUGUAUUCUUCUCCUCUAUUCCACUCUUUUCUCAAGAACUAUCGACAUGGUAAUGGAGGAUAUGGACAAUAUGGAGAACACAUUGAUUGGAGCUCAUGGCUACUGUACACAGGAGAUGGUCAACCUGAUAGUGACCGGUAAAGCGAUAUCCAACGUCUUCAACGAUACGGUAGAGCUUGGUUCGGGGAAGGAUGUCACCAGAUUGAAAGGGUUGAGUGGACGUUCGGACAUUGGCUUCCUCUCACUCUUUGAACACUACAAGUCGUGUCAGGUGGGAACUUAUUACAAGACUCCAAGGUUCCCGAUCUGGGUAGUCUGCAGUGAGAGCCACUUCAGCGUGUUAUUCUCUCUCAAGAAGGAACUGCUCGGGGAUUGGAGGAUGGAGAGACAUUUUGAUCUUUAUUACUAUGACGGACUCGCCAAGCAACAGGAGGAGAUUAGACUCACGAUUGACACUACUCAGACAUGUCCUGCCUCUGAUGAUGAUGAUCUUAUACCACCCCUAGAACACUGCAUCAGGACAAAAUGGCCAGAAGCGGUGGUCAAUUGGAACGGAUCAGAACCCAUCUUAUGAUCAACUGUUGGUCUUUGGAGUGUCGCUCUAGUCUUGAUUUGGUUUGAUUCAGAACUCACCUGGUGGAACACAUAUGGACACCAAGAUAGAUGCCUGACGAUCCCUUCAUCACCCAAAGACUGAAUUGACGAUCUCUCUGCGUGCAUUAUCAAGAGCCCCUAUAUGUAGAGAGCAGCGACACGAGAGGUCUGCAGUUUUGACCCUCAAAAUGGCAUUCAGAUUCUUGCCAUUCAAGAGAUACAGGUUCUUGUUGAGCUUGGAUUGAAAGCUAAGUAACGGGAAGAAUUUCUUGGCCCUAAAUUGGCGUUACUCGAGAAUAAUAAUAAUAUUCCACUUUUAUAUAGCGCUUAAUAUAUCGGAACGACGUGUCUAAGCACUUUACAGAAAUACCUGAUGCACAGCCCCAACUCAUGGUCGACUUGCGUCCAAUGUAUAGCCCGUUGCCUAAUUUUCACUUUAUAUACAAGUUUUACAGAAGGGGUUGAAAGCAAAGUGUAAUGCUGGGCCCAAAGGAAGUUCUAGAGCAGAUUCAGGGAUGAUCCUUCAACUAGGAUUGUUUCCGACGUAUCCUGUUAAAGAAAAGGAACAACAAAAUAUUAUUUAACCCUAAAUAGACUGGGCUAUUUCGAUGCCUAAGAAGACGGGGGGGCUGAUUCAGCCC